GGCUGACAGAGUGACCACAUCCCAUCCUGAAGUCAAUCUGUCUGACGUGCUCUUGGAGAACAUUUGGAGUGGACCAACAGUUCCUGAGGGCAGCGUUUAUCUGAUGGCACUGGGCCACGGCAAACACAAUUAACCAAGGGCAUCAGACUCCUGGGUUACCAACGAAGAUCCAAGGGAAAAUAUUCCCCAGACAACCAAUUCGUUAGCAACCAAUUGACCAGUAAUGUGCAAAUAUAUAGGAAUAACGCAAACACAAAGAAAAGCUUUGUCUCACUCACACAGACACACACCGAGCCACAAUUGUUUUUUUCACCAGGUUUAUGGGUGUACGGUCUGAAUAGUCCUUUUGAAAAAGUAGACUAACAAUUAGAUUUGCCACUACAAAUAAUCCCUCUGCUGUCUAGUGGGUACGCUCUUUGCGGUUUAUUAUUGGAUGUCGGAUCUUAUUCCUGCGUAGCCACUGUUCACGCUGUCUCUCCCCGGCUCUCCUGCGUGCGAGAUCCAAUCAGAGCCCACUAGAUGGCAGCACAAAAUAACAUCAGAAAUGUUCCUUUGCUGCACAGGUCAGAAUUCAGCACUGCCUGUUGAGCGUGUGGAGCAGGAGAGGAAGAGAGGAAGUGAGGGGCGUGCUGUACACAAGCAUGAGCACAAAGUCCCUGCGCAUUUGGCAACGCUGUUUAACUCUUAUUGAGGACAUGGUCUUUCUAUGGCGUCAGUUUAAUGACAAAACUCACACAUGCGAGGAAACGUCUAUUCGAGUGAAUUUCAGGUUUUCGCAAGCGUACAUUUAUUCUGCGCACUCAAUUUUAGCAGGCGCGAGAGGAAAUUCUACAACUGCGAGCGCAGAGACUGACAUACUCUCUCGCGAAAACUUGGUCUGCUCGCUCGAAAGUAUGACUUUUGGCAGUGUGUGGGCGGGAACCAAAGGAGGACGGGCUCUUCUCUGAUUGGUCCUGGUCGUUGAGGCUUUGACAGAGUCUCAAACUGUUUAAGAUGUCUGUAGGAUUUCAUUUUAGGGACUUUUGGUAUUCUUAUUUGAGUGGUUUAAAUUCACAGAUCAUAGAUCUUCUCUGUGAGGUGUACCCGAAGUUGCGUGACCUAGAGCGGGCAUGGAUGUUGCACAAAGCAAUGGGAGGGUCUGGACAAAGGCGACUCAUGUUAGUGUCACCUGACGAGUCUGGUUACACCGGGGCUGGCCUAGUGAAAUCCUGGGGAGGCAAGGGGUGCCUAUAUAUCAUGCCUAUCCAGCAUGUGCUGGACACAUCUCCCCUUCCCUUUUCCGCCAUGGAGUUCAGCGCCAUGCCCAAGGCCAAAUGUGUGACAUGCCACCAGGAGGUGCCAUUGCAACUCCUCAGCCUCCAUGCGGAAACAUGCUGCAACAAUAUUGAGGAGGUCCACCCUAUUUGGGAUGAAUAUGAUGGCAAUGAGAAUCAGACUGAACCAUCAAGGUCUAAUUUGGAGAUCAUCCUGAGGACAACUCCUCUGUGGACGAGGUGUGAAUCCCAAACCUCCAGCAGCCUCAGUUUCACAAUUAUUUUCUGUCCCCAAAAUACAGGUCAGCCAUUAAACUCACGACAGCAUUAUAUAAAACUAUAACAAAUUUAUAACAAAAAAAUGCA